AUGAUUUCUGUCGGUAUAUUCUCGUUACGAUUGGUACUAAACUCUAGUUACAUCGUUGACCUACGUAUCAAUAUCUUCAAAAUGACUGCUUUCACAAUCGCCCCGUGCAGCCUUGCUGACAGCGCGGCUCUCAGUCGCAACAACAUGUCGGCAUUCUGGGAAAUUCCGAAUUGGGUUCUGGCAUGGCGCCACACCACGCUGGAGAAACACAUUGACACAAUGACCAAGCGAUACCCACGCAGGUUGAUAAGCCAUCCUGAGACUUCACGGCACCAAAAGGUGGUUGAUUCCGAGACCGGCCGUCUCUUAGGCUAUGCUCGCUGGCUCUUGCCGGAAUCACAUACUCGGCUUGCGGACGGUGAACCAGUUUGGCCAGAGGCUAUGGCCCCGGUGGUGAGCCCCGAGGAAGAAGCCGCAAUCAAACGAGUCGCUGAAGCAACCCAAUGGAAUCCGAAUAGCGAUACUGACCCGCUGGAUGACGCGGUCGGGGCUAUCAAAGAUAAAAUAAUGGCGAGAAAGCCGUAUUUAUGCCUAGACUAUUUAGCUGUGCAUCCGGAGAACAAAGGCAAAGGAGUCGCAACGCUUUUAGUAGAAAGCGGCAUGCAACAAGCAGGGAAGCUGGGCCUGGAUAUCUUUAUCCUUGCUUGUAAACCUGGAUGGGGAUUAUACAGUCGGCUUGGAUUCCGAGUCGAAGAAGAGCUUGUCCAGGACGAUUCCAUAUAUGGAGGGGAUGGUGAAUUUGCCAUGCGUUACUACGUUUAUGAACAGCCUCUUCAACGCGAAGCAUGA